GAAGAAUCCACUCAGACCAAAAAAAGUCAAAUUGGCUUUGUAAGAGAGAGAGAGAGAGAGAGAGCUGACAAAGCAGUGAACGUCACACCAACUCAUCAAUAUCCCCAUUUUUGUUUGUUGUUUUGCUGAAUAAAAACUUCAAUUGAUUUCACCGAUUUACUGAACUCUGAAGAAAAAGGAGAAGAAGAAACCAGAAGCAAAAGAAUAAGGGUUGCAAAAACAACAACAGAAGUAAAACACCGAAUUUUUUCCCUCCAACUUUGGUUUUUUGUUAAAGUCAUUCGUUUAUUAAACUAGAGAGUCAAUCUAAGUUCCCAGUGAUCAUCUGCAAAGUUGGUAACACUUCAUGAUGGCAGAUAUCAGUCCUAGCACAUCAACAGAUGCUGAUACAGAUGAUAAAAACUUGAGGUUUCUAAACUCUCAACCAGUGGCCAGUGUGACUUCUGAUGGAAGUGACAAACCAAGAGAUCAAAAGACGCUUCGCAGGCUUGCUCAGAAUCGUGAAGCUGCACGAAAGAGUCGUCUAAGGAAAAAGGCAUAUGUUCAACAGUUAGAGAGUAGUAGAAUGAAGCUGACACAGCUAGAGCAGGAGCUUCAGCGAGCUCGGCAACAGGGCAUAUUUAUUUCAAGUUCAGGAGAUCAAUCACAGUCAAAGACUGGAAAUGGAGCUUUGGCGUUUGAUGUAGAAUAUGCACGAUGGCUGGAAGAGCACAACCGGCGUAUUACUGAGCUUAGGGGAGCUGUAAGUUCUCAUGCUGGUGAUGGCGAACUGCGUAUAAUCGUGGAUGGCAUCUUGGCGCACUAUGAUGACAUAUUCAGGAUUAAAGGUGAUGCUGCAAAGGCUGAUGUUUUUCAUAUAUUGUCAGGCAUGUGGAAAACUCCUGCAGAAAGAUGCUUCUUGUGGUUGGGUGGAUUCCGUUCAUCAGAACUUCUCAAGCUUCUCAUUAAUCAGUUAGAGCCUUUAACUGAACAACAGCUGUUAGCAAUCAACAACUUGCAAGAGUCAUCGCAACAGGCAGAAGAUGCUUUAUCCCAGGGAAUGGAGGCAUUACAACAGUCAUUGGCUGAGACCUUGGCAGGGUCUCUUGGACCUUCAGGCUCCUCGGGGAAUGUUGCCAAUUACAUGGGUCAAAUGGCGAUGGCAAUGGGGAAGCUGGGAACACUUGAGGGCUUCAUUCGCCAGGCUGAUAACCUACGACAACAGACACUGCAGCAAAUGCAUCGCGUAUUGACAACUCGCCAAUCAGCUCGUGCUCUUCUUGCCAUCAGUGAUUAUUUUUCUCGACUUCGAGCACUUAGCUCCCUCUGGCUUGCCCGUCCCAGGGAGUAACAAGAACCAACUUUCUUCUAAUACUGUUCUGAAAGAUUCUUGGUGACAUUUGUAAAUGAGAACCUCUUUCUGAAAAGCUGCUGGCUUCAAAGGAUUUCCACGGUGGCGGGCCGUUACCAAUCCCAGCUUAGAUUUUGUUGCACUAUUUCCGGUCCGUGUUCGAAGGGGAGCCCUGGCGUAACUGGUAAAGUUGUUGUCAUGUGACCAUGAGGUCACGGGUUCGAGCCGUGGAAACAACCUCUUGCAAAAGUGCAGAAUAAGGCUGCGUACGAUAGAUCUUUGUGGUCCGGCCUUUCCCCGAACCCCGCGCAUAGCUGGAGCUUAGUACACCGGGCUGCCCCCUUUUUUUUUUUUAAAAAAAAAUUUCCAGUCCAUGUUCGUUUGUUGUAAUGGUAACUUCAUUUCUAGAGUUCUUCAAGCAUGUUAUAGUUUUCACAAUAAUUUGGAUAGAUGUAAAUGAGAUCAUUUAGGAGUAAUGUAUCUUAGCAUAUUUUACAGUUAAAGGAAAUAGGCAGUGGCUGACUGACUCUCCAA